AUAGUCGGAGUUGAAUCGUGCUUGACUGUGGAAAUGAUCUCGACGAGGAAUGUUGAAGUUGUAUUUUAACCUGACUUUGAAUGGUCGCGCUUUGUUUGGGACCGUUGCUGAUUAUGAUAGAUAUUAUGCUAAAACCAUCAUAUGUAACAUUGUAUGGAUUCAGGUGAACAUAUUAAAUAGACGUGACCGUGUUGUUUUGCAGAAAUUCACCAGAGCAGCGUGGCAACUUUACAAACCGAGGGACACUGAACGCAUCUGCGGUCCGGAUCAGGGGGCGUGGGUUUGACCGGCUCGUGGAGGCUCAGACACAAUGAACCGUCAGUCGGUUGGGGGCACGCAUGUUGGGCCGGCGACUUUGGUUCUAUUUUAGCACUUUUUUUUUUUUUUUUUACUCUCUUUAGUGCCUUUCUUCGUCGCACUCGGUUACUGCGGGAUUCAUAAAGCUCUGUAUGGCGGUUACAAUGCUCACUUGGGAAGUGCUACUUCGUCGAGUUUGAUUAAAACGAGGUCGGCACCAGACUACAGUUAGCCCCUCCUGCUUUAUUUAUUUGUGCUAGCUCAGGCCGACUGCAACGAGGAAGACAACAAUGUCGGUCACCGCGUCCUCUGAUUACUUCGCAGCCGAGUGUCUGGUUUCGAUAUCGAGUGGCCCCGUUCUGCACAGACCCACCCCUGUGGCCCCCGCCAGCCAGCCGGCCACGGCGGGCCUGCUCCCCGGGGAGCACGACGGAUCGAGUGAGGACCGAGAAGUGCGGGAGACCCUGAGGUUAGAGGGGGCCAACAUGAUGACGGUGGCCGGUAUUCUCACCGACCUACACGGCAAAUUCCGGCCCAUGUCGGCCUACUCUGAGAGCAGCAACUCGUCGUGUGGAGGGGAAAGUGGUUACACCACGUUGUCCGACCCCACCACUCCGACCAUGACCCCCUCCGCUACCCCGGUGCCCGGACAGCAACCGCCGAGAGGGGGCCCUCGAUCCCCCGUUAAGAGACACCAGUGCACUUUCGACGGAUGCGACAGAGUUUACGGGAAAUCAUCCCACCUAAAGGCGCACAUCCGGACCCACACAGGUGAGCGGCCCUUUCCCUGCACCUGGCCCGACUGCGAGAAGAAGUUUGCCCGCUCCGAUGAGCUGGCUCGCCAUACUCGCACGCACACAGGAGAGAAGCGCUUUCUGUGCCCGUUGUGCGACAAGCGCUUUAUGCGCAGCGACCACCUGAUCAAGCACGCCCGACGUCACCCUGACUUCCACCCCUACAUGUUGGGACGCAACAAGGGCAUGUGUCCCUCCAACCUGGCUGCCCACCAUUAGAUGGUUCAGGUUCACUGGUUACGGGGGUCGGUUAACCAGCCACAAUCUGAACCAUCGUGAAAAGUUAAGCAUCGCUAUGUUGUACCUCAAAGGUACGCAUACACAAAUCGUCAGUGCUGGAUGGGAGGGGCAAGUACCAUUCACUCUCCAUCCACAGAGGAAGUCACGUGACCACUUUCCACCUGGACCAUGAAAAGGGUUGGGUAUCAUUGACUGGCACAUCAUUUGAACCAGCCCCAAAUCUAUAACUGCAGAUUUGAUGUGCUUUUCGAUUCCACUUAUCGAUUCCUGAAAUGAGUUGAGUCUGUUGCACUUUCUUUCCAAAACACCCUCUUUUAAGGGAUUCAAAAGACAAGCGCAGCGUCCGUGAAUAGCAGAACAGAGCUAGUUUUGUAAUGUGGACAAAAUGAUAGAACAAGCAGGAACGUCUAAAAAAAGACAGCACCAUUGGUUCGGUGCGUUCUUUCAUUUAAGAAUCUGCAUGUCUAAUUUGGGACAUAAUUGGUCUGCUGGAAAGAUCGUGCACAGAAAUCACCAGCAAAUAUCCACUUGAGUGUGUACUUCAUUUUUUAUUACUAAUACAUCACAGCACACGUUAUUUGUGUUGAGACUUACUCGAUAUAAAUCUUUAUUUGCUUUCAAACAUUUUUGGUUUAUUCCUGUACCCCGGGAGCCGAUGAGAAUUGGAAUCGAAAAAGCAAACAAUUGACCAAAUAAACCCAACCCUAAACUAGUAAUAACCAAUAUUUUUUUCUUAGCCUUUCUCAAACUGCAGGGAUUUUUAUUUCCAUAUUUUCUGUUUAAAAAAAAUAUCACCCAACAGCCAAAUCUCCUGUUUUCUUGUGGUUCAGUUGUAAAUUGUUGCCGCGUUCUUCAGUAGAGUUUUACUGUGAGUAGCACAAUAUUGUGAUGUUAGCUAGCACGGCAGCCUCUAGAUGCUUCUUUCUAUUUUUUAGCUUUGCAAACUCCUUUUUUUUUUGUUUUUUGCAAAUUUUAGUGGAGAUACAUUCCUUUUUUAAAUUGCAUUUAAAGCAUCAUCAUAGAAGGUAUUAUUACCCUUUAUAUUGAAUAUAACCCUCGAUGAAAUAUAAUUUUGGCCAUAAAGUGGCUCGAGCUUCACUGUAGAAGAGCAGUUUGCACGCCAUCCUAAAACCGACAUCAUCACCCAGGAAACGCUGACACAUAAUACGGAAGUAUUAUGUCUAAUAUCGAUGCAAAUGUAUAUAAGCUUUAAGCUUUUAAUGUAGAAGUAUAAUGCAACUAGCAGCUGAAGUAAUACAUGUGAUGUAGUCCUUAUAUUAGGGGGUAACGGUAUAGGCUCGAUAGGAAUGCUUUGCGUGUUGGUGUGUACGCGUGUGUGGUUUUGUUUUCUUUUUUUUUGCUAAGGAAAAGUUUCUUGAGUGGAGCUUAAUUUGCAAUCUGCUACUUUCAAAGUAAAGGUUUCUAGUUUGUAAGUGGUGUGAAACCAGACACAUUUCAGGUUAAGUCUCUACACAGCAGCCGAAAUCAAGCAAAAUCGUCUGCAAUGAAUUACUCUCACAAAAUCACACCAUCUGGUGUUUACCUAACAUUUGUGGAUUUUAGGUUGUUGAAAUAUCUUAUUGGGAACUUUGCUUCAGUAUAUAAACGUUUCGUUUGGCGAACCACGUCAAAAGAAACAGGUUUGUAGAUGGAGGUUCCCCUGUAAUGACUUCACUGCAGCUAAAAAACAACAACACGUUAUCUCAGAAAAAGCACAGACUCUGGUAGACCACAGCUUGCUAAGGCCUAUGCAAAGUGUACCCUUUCAAAAUAUCACUCAAUCUGCAUGCGCACCACCAAACUGCUGAUGCUCCAACGUUGGGACUUUGACAACAUUUAAAUCCAAAUGUUCAAAUAGCUGAGAGUGAUUAAUUAAAAAAAGAAACAUGACACAGUACUUGAGUGAUCCGGUACCAAAAUAUCAAAGUGGUGUAUUUCAGGACAAGUUGCUUCCGUGCAUGUUGAAAUGAAACACAACCUCAGUUUCCACACAGUUUGUCCAGCAUGGACCUAUUCAUUUAGCUCAGUGAACGACACCUCUUCGGUGAACUCUGAAAGCCUUAAACUAUGUUUAAAACCACUUGUUUACAGUUUAAUCAUCAUAUAGGUAUAUAUGUGUAUAUAUAUAUUUAUAUAUAUGUCCUUUGUUGGGGCGCUCGACACACACUCAUUAUGCAAUAUGGCACUUUUGUCUUACAGGUGUAGUUGGCUAAAUAGCAUCAGGGCUUGCACUGUGACUAUACAAGUGUUUAAGUGAGCACUGUGGAACUUUGCAAAUAAGUUACUGGUUUGUCAAACUGCCUUCUGUCCAAGUGCUUUAGAAAGGGUGAUGACAGGGCUGCAUAGCUGUCACCCGUGUUUGUUGGCAUCUCAUGUCGUGGACAUUUCUCAGAUGGACACUAGUUUGUUCUGUUUUACACAACAAUCCUCCCUGUUUUUGUCCAACUACUACCAGUGCAGGGGUGUCCAAACCUUUUGCCUUGAGGGCUGCAUUGAGCUACAAAAAAUUGACCGGGGGUUGCAAACCGACUGCAUGUAAAGGAACAUACAGUAUUGUGUGUGUGUUAUACAUACAUACACACACAUAUAUAUUAUACAUACACACACUAUAUAUAUAUAUAUAUAUAUGUGUGUGUGUGUGUGUGUGUGUGUGUGUGUGUGUGUGUGUGUGUG